CACGGAAGCAAUUUUUUUGAUAAAUUAUUUUAAGUGAAAAUACUGAAAAUACAUUUGCCUGAAAUGAAAAAAAAUAAAGCCGGUCUCAAAACAGAGACGAAACAGGCGCAUAAUAGAAAAAGGGUCAAAUUUGUGAAUUCAGACACCUCCACUGAGCAACACGGUAUUAUGCUGCAUCGAAAGAACAAACACCCAGGAGGGAGGAAAAAAGGCAAUAUCCUUAAAAGAAAACUAAGUGCAUCCAAUAUCCUGCAGCAAUCGAAAUCGAACCAUAACUUCGAAAAAUUAAACCCUAUUAAAGAUAUAUUCUUAGAAAAACACGUCGCCGAUACAGCCAACAAAGAUGAGCAAAAAGAACCGAUUUUAUACGUAGACAAAGACAAUAUGGUCCAUAACUUGAAAACCAAUAAAACAGAAAUAACCGAAUCCAAUCAGAAAGAGACUAGCAAAGUCAACAAAGACCUGAAAACGAAAUCCACGGAAUUGGUCGAUGCCGUGAGAAAAGAGCAGGAAAUACGCGAAAAGGAAUACAAAAAAUACAAGAAGACUAUCAUCUACAAAAAGAAAAAACCGAAGAACAAAAAGAAAAUGGGCCCGACCAAAUGCAUAUCGUUAGACGGAUUCCUGCGCAAAAACGACAUAAUGCCCUGCGAUUUUAUAAAAAAUAUGAUACCCAAGGCAGACAAGCAGAAAACCACGGUCUUCGAGUCAUUAAAAAACGACGCCUACAUUAAAAACACAAUCAAGAAAAUUUUGAAAAAAGAAAUCGUCGUCUGCAGGGAAAAUGCCGUCAACGAACUGAGAAUUCCAUUGAUUAAAAACCAGCAAAUAAGAGAUAUGCUGAAAGGCGAAGGAAAUCAAUUAAAAGCAGAAGUUUUAAACUACAAAUAAAGUUGUAACGUACAAA